UCUGCAGCCAACGUUCAGUCGAUUCUUCCUCCUUGUUCAUUCUCUCUGCGUUCUCUCGGUGGCCGUAAUUGCUGAAGAUGCAGGCGGUUUCGAGGCGUCUAGGGCACCAAUCACUGAAGCCUACAGCUUCAAUCGCUUCAAUUAAAUCGAUUUACCCAAUUUCCGAUCAAUAUCAUGGAGCUGAUCAGCCGCGGUAUGUAUCUACCAUUGCCUCGAAGGGCGUGGGCCACCUUGUUCGCAAGGGAACUGGUGGACGAUCUUCUGUCAGUGGCAUAAUUGCUACAGUGUUUGGUGCUACUGGUUUUCUCGGUCGUUAUGUGGUGCAACAACUAGCUAAAAUGGGUAGUCAAGUGUUAGUGCCUUUCCGAGGUUCUGAGGAUUCCCCUCGUCAUCUCAAGUUGAUGGGGGAUUUGGGCCAGAUAGUACCAAUGAAAUACAACCCAAGGGAUGAAGAAACAAUUAAGGCUGCCAUGGCAAAGGCUAAUGUUGUUAUCAAUCUUAUCGGGAGGGAGUAUGAGACAAGAAAUUUUAGCUUUGAGGAAGUAAAUCAUUCCAUGGCCGAGCAACUUGCAAAUAUUGCCAAAGAACAUGGUGGUAUCAUGCGAUUUAUUCAAGUUUCCUGCUUAGGUGCAUCUUCAUCCUCUUCAUCAAGGUUGCUAAGAGCUAAAGCCGCAGCAGAGGAGUCAAUUUUGAGGGACCUGCCUGAGGCCACAAUUAUGAGACCUGCAGUUAUGAUUGGCACAGAGGAUCGUCUAUUGAAUCGAUGGGCACAGUUCAUCAAAAAGUAUACGUUUCUUCCACUCAUUGGGGAUGGAUCUACCAAAAUCCAGCCAGUAUAUGUGGUGGAUGUUGCUGCUGCAAUUACAGCAGCCUUGAAGGACGAUGGUAGCAGUAUGGGGAAAGUUUAUGAGCUCGGUGGACCAGAGAUAUUUACUAUGCAUGAACUGGCAGAGAUUAUGUAUGACAUGAUACGUGAGUGGCCAAGCUAUGUGAAAGUUCCUUUCCCUGUCGCAAAGGCAAUUGCAAUGCCUCGAGAACUGCUACUUAAAAGGGUUCCAUUCCCUCUCCCCAAUCCGGACAUGUUCAACCUGGAUCAAAUCAAUGCUCUAGCUACUGAUACAGUUGUCUCAGAGAAUGCUUUGUCAUUCAGUGAUCUUGGGAUUGUGCCACAUAAGGUAAGGGGAUAUCCUAUUGAGUACCUAAUCUCAUAUCGCAAGGGUGGCCCAAAUUUUGGUUCUACGGUGAGUGAAAGAAUGGAUCCAGAUGCCUAUCCUUGAGGCUUAAGUUCCAAGUGUUCUUAUGGGUAUGAUGUUGCUGCCAUCUUGGAAAUCUUGUAAUUGGUACGUCAUGCCUUAUAAGAAAACAGAAAGUAUUUAAAGCGCAUGAUUGUUUUUCUUUCAGCGUGAUAGGUACAUUUGAUUUGGUACUCAUGUACUAGUUUGUUUGACAAGCUGCAUCUGUACCUUUUCAUAAAGUUAAAUAUUUCUGAUAAAUUUGUAACCUUGACAUCAUAGGUUUCUGGAGAUGGACUUGUUUCUGUUGAGACAAUAAUGAUGUGAAGGAUACUGGAAUAACUCCAGAUUGUAUGAUGAUGAAAAACAUUCUGGCCAUUUGUUCUUGAUUAAAAAAGAGAUGAUUUGUUUUGCCUGGCAUUUGAGGCCUAAGCAUUUGUUUCUUGUCGAGGAAAUGUCUGAUUCUAUGACACGACAUUCUGUCUUUGGCUCUUGGUUUAUGAGAUCCAUUGUGUUUUUUGCCUGUG